AUGGAAGUUCACAGCAUUCACCAAUAUGACCACGAUAUACUUUCAUUUACUGACUUCCCUAAUACUAUGGAUCUCAAUUUUGGUUCAGGGACAGCAAGUUAUUAUAAUUGCAAUGACACAGAGAAUGACAUGAUAUACGGCCCUUUGCUUACACAGACGGAGGGGAGUUCAUCGGACGAAACAAGCACUAAUUUUGCAGAAAAAAGGAAGCUGUCCAAGAAAAGGUGUCAGUCUCUUGUUGUCUCCGUUCCUCCGCCACUUAAAAACAUCUGUACAGAAAAUCAAGCUCGUCCUGCAUGGGAAUCGACGCCGUCAUGCAAAAGCAAUCGUAUGGAUAUUGUGAGCCCCGUUUUGGGCAGCGCAGUGUGGGGUAAACUCCCUCUCGACGAAAAUGACUCGGACGAUAUGCUGCUCUACAGCCUGCUCAAAGAAGCUGCAAAUCAUGACUGGUUUCCCCUUACACCGCAGCCUGCAACUCAAAAUAAUGUUAAUCGCGAGCAUGUGAAAAAGGUGGCGGCGGCGGUGGCUUCAGAGAUAAAGGCGGCGCCGCACUAUAGGGGAGUGAGGCAGCGGCCGUGGGGGAAAUUUGCGGGGGAAAUACGAGAUCCUGCUAAGAAAGGAGCCAGAGUAUGGCUAGGAACCUUCGAUACCGCGGAGGCGGCGGCUCUGGCAUAUGACCGUGCUGCUUUCAGAAUACGUGGAUCGAAAGCAUUGCUCAACUUUCCACUCCUUCAUGCGAGCGGUGAGAGAAAAGGAGAAGAAGAGAAGGGUUUAGCAGUGCCGUCGAAUAAAAGAAAAAGAGAAGUUGUGGAGGAUUUGCAUUCUCAGUCUGUAACGCCCUUCUGUGGGGCAUUUACAAGGUCAACACUUGAUGAGAUGGACAAAUUCGUCUCCUUCUCUCCCAUCUCCCCUCUCUCCUUUCAACAGUUCGUUAACUAA